AUGCAUUUUUUACUAAAACCCCCGUGGAAGAAAAUUCAAGAGACAUUGUUUUCAGGUCUGAAACGGUACAAGUGCCCCGACUGCGAUCGAAAGUGUUUCUACUGCAAUCAUUGCGGAAGGGGUUACGGAUAUAAGAGGAGCCUCAAUCGACACCUGACUUACGAAUGCGGAAAAACAGCCAAAUUCUCGUGCCCUUACUGUCCUCACAAGUCCAAACUCAAGGACAACCUGAAGAGUUCGAGGAGGAGAAGCAUACCGCACAAUUUCCGUUGCGAAUCCUGCGGAAGGUCCUACGUCCACAAGGGCCAUCUGACGAGGCAUCAGAAAUACGAGUGCGGGAAGGAGCCGCAGUUCGGCUGCCCGGUUUGCCCUUACAGGGCCAAGCACAGGGACAACUUAAAAGCCCAUUUCGCGACCAAGCAUCUCCCUUCUCUUAACCAGUAA